AUGGAAGUGAUUGAGGUGGAGAACGCCUGGCCGGACGUGGACGGAUUCCACACGCGCAUUGUGAUGGAGACGAGCGCUAUCAAGCCGCCGCUCCCGCUCAGGCCGGCGCUGUGCGGGGAUAUGGAUCCGGAUCGAUCGCUGCUCUCUCUCGGCGGCAGCGAUUUUAGCGGUGGUAGCAGCUCGAUCUCGCGGAAAUCCGUGUCGGGAGCGUCUUCGGCGUCCAAGAAGCUCUGCGUCGAGGUGCCAUGGCGAUAUUUCGAGGUCAUGUACAGCGUCAAGAAGAAAAACUCCAGGAAGCCAGGGCCGCGAUCCGAUGGCGUUCUUGCGGUCCAGGGAUCGAGCUACAAUCUGCUCGACAAUAACGGUUUUCAACUUUGUGAUCGAAGUAUUGGACGAGAUCCCCGAGGAAGAGUACCUGAGCGGGAAGAUCUUCUCAACGAGCAGGCCUACCUUUCCUUCUUCCGAAGGAUCGGACAUUACUGUCGAGUCCGCUCGGAAUCCUGGAAGAAAGACCAGCUUGUCCUCAACAUGGCAGAAGUUGCAAAUGGCGCUGCUCCAGUCGUUGUUGAUCCAUACAUCGCUUCAAAACUUCGACCGCACCAGAGGGAGGGAGUGAAGUUUAUGUACGAGUGCGUCAUGGGACUGAGAUCUCGCACAUUUACUGGCUGUCUACUAGCUGACGAAAUGGGUCUCGGGAAAACUGUGCAAGUCAUUGCACUGAUUUGGACGCUGCUUCGUCAGGUAAAUUGUUCUUUUCAGUUUUUGCUCGGCUUACAUUUGGGUUCAUAUGGCAAGGGUUCUGGAGGAGUUCCCGCUGUAAGGCGAGCAGCAGUUGUUUGCCCGUUGACGCUAACCCGAAAUUGGGGAAAAGAGGUGCGUAAGUGGCUGGGCUCGGAAAGGUUGAAAGCAAUGGUCGUCGACUGCGCAAGAGAGGCAGCAGAAAAGAUAAUCGACUUCAAAAACGACAGCUUCUGUCCUCUUUUAAUCACGUCGUAUGAAAUACUAAGGAAGCACAAGGAUAUUGUUGCCUCGACGAAUCUUGAGCUUCUUAUCUGCGAUGAAGCUCAUCGACUGAAAAGCUGCAAGGGAAACAAAACGAUUGCGUCACUGGCGUCGUUGAACUGCAACAAGAGGAUUUUACUCACUGGAACACCCGCCCAGAACAACUUAAGCGAGUUUUAUGCUUUGCUUGAUUUUGCCAAUCCAGAGCUAUUGGGUUCCUACAACGAGUAUAAGAAUAUCUACGCUUCUCCCAUUGAGCAAAGUCGGGAUCGCAACGCCAGCCACGCUGAGAAAGAAUUAGGCUCAGAGAGAUCGGAAGAGCUAAAACAAAUGACAAGCUUUUGCAUUCUUCGAAGGACAUCUGAGAUAAACAAGGAGCACCUUCCACCGAAAUCAGAGUACGCCGUGUUUUGCAAACUUCACGAUGUUCAGAUUAGUCUUUACGAGAUAUUUGUCAAGUCUCAGUUCGUACGAACCAUGCUAAACUCAGAUAUUCAACGUGCGCACGUUCUUUCUGCAAUUGGAGCGCUGCGUAAACUUUCAAGCCAUCCGGGGCUGCUACAGAGUGAUAUGAAGCACGUUACGAGCGCGGAAAUUAAGAAUCAACCAUUUUUUCAUCGCGCCGAAGAAUUGCUUGAUCUUUCUGAUGUCCAAGCAUCCUUGAGAGAUGUCGUGAGGCACAAUUGGAGCCUAUCUGGAAAGUUCGUGUGCUUACAACAUCUUCUUUUAGCGACUAUACAAUGCAACGACAGAAUUGUGGUCGCUUCCAACUUCACACAAACCUUGGACUUGAUAGAGGCAAUGUGCAAUGAACACUCAUGGAAGUUCGUUCGACUGGACGGUGGAACCAUGAUAUCGGAAAGACAGCCACUCGUCGAACGGUUCAAUCGAAGAAUUGGAGAGGCGUCGAUCUUCCUCCUGUCCUCCAAAGCUGGUGGAACUGGCCUGAACCUCAUUGGGGCAAACAGGCUCGUUUUAGUCGAUCCAGAUUGGAAUCCAGCAAAUGACGCGCAGGUGAUGAGUCGAAUAUGGAGAGAAGGCCAGCCGAAACCAGUAAAAAUAUACAGGCUUCUGUCCACUGGCAGCAUCGAGGAGAAGAUAUAUCAACGGCAAAUCAUGAAAAAAGAUCUGACGUCUUUCUUUGGUGAUCAGUCCACAUAUCAACCUACCUGUAAAAGAACGAACGACCAGAAGUUUAGCCGGCAGGAACUCAGAGAGCUUUUGAAAUUGCCUUCGGAAACAAAAUGCGAGACAUAUGAUCUACUGUGCCGGCUCAACACGCAACUGGAGGACAAAUGGAAAGACUCGUCAGGAAUGCUGGAUGACCACGUCUUACAGAGCGCGGUCGAAUCGGGAGUGACUACGUUCGUGUCAGCUGACUCGCCUCAAACGCAACAAAGCAGCGGAGUUCUCGAAAGAGACACAGGCUUGGAUUGUGGAGCAUGUUAAUAGAAAAGCUCGAUCGAUGAAACUUCACUGCGCCUCCAUUAACCAGCACCGCAAGAGAAUGAAGAUUUCACCUUAUCAGGAAAAAGUUAGCUACCAUCUCUCUUUAAAACGGGAACCAAAAGCGGCAUUGUUCUCAACAAACCAACCGAUUGGCGGUUCCAUCAUCUUGACUUUCAGAGCUAGUUCUAAAUAACGCGAAGCUUUCCCAGCAACGUCAGCGACAACAGCUAGGGGACCUGACAACCAAGCAAGGCAAAUUUCCCCACCCUUGAUAUCGAUCUUCCACCUUGGGGACUGGGCAACCACGACAGCGAGAGUAAAAGGUAGUGGAGCAAAAUUGCGGGCGCUGCUGCUAGUGUUGGUACGUCAAUGCUUUUUCACAAGUACUCGACCUUAGCUUGGGAAGCGUCUCUCAUUUCGAAGAUCCUAAAACAAAAAAACGUUGGUGGAGUGGACGAUGGAUCGAUGGGCGAUAGAUUUCUUCGAUUAAUCAAACUUACGAGCGCACACGGAGAAAGAAUUGCGCGAGAGCGACGUUUGCGUUGUAGGAAAGGUCAACAUACGAAUUGCAAUCCCGAGUUGAUUAAAAUCGAAAUCAAUGCAAUCGAUACCGGCACCCGAUUC